AUUUCUCCACGAGAACUAUCGUAUAGCAUCAGAUGUCCACGAAACUAUGACCUCAUGCUAUAUUUACAUGAACUGAAUAUUACAAAUGUAUUUCUCCCCAAAUUAAGAGUUACAGUCUUAUUUCUCCCCGAACUAUUGAUUUUGACCUUAAUUAUACAUAAAAUAUGAUUUUGAUUGGUUUAUUAUUUAUCAAACCAUAUAAACUAACUAAACCAAACAAAAAACUCAAUUUUAAUUAAACCAGAACUUUUAACUCAAAAAAAAAAUUAAACCAGACCCCACCCGACCCAAUCUGACCCAUUGUUCUCUUCUUCUUCACCCGACAAAUUAAACCAUACACACACACACUCUCUCUCUUUUUCUAUCUCUUGAACAGAGAGCACAGAAGAAGUUAGAGGAAAUUAAGGCGAAGGUAUGUCGGAAAAUGAGAGAGGUGAAGACUUUAUCGUCGGCAAAUCCAAUCUCCUCACCCGCUACGCUCGCAACAAGUUCAACACGAACUCAAAAGCCAUCAUUGGCGUCGAGUUUCAGACUCAGAGCAUGCUCAUCUCCGGUAAAAAGGUCAAAACUCAGAUUUGGGAGACCGUAGGUCAAGAACGCUUCCGCGCUGUCACUCCCGCCUAUUACCGUAGAGCCGUCGGAGCAUUCAUCGUCUAUGGCAUCACUCGCAUCUCAACCUUCGAGAACGUUGGUGGCUCGAUGAGCUCAACAGUAGGUUCUCUUCUCUGUUUCAAUUGAAACUUCGGGUGAAGAAGAAGAGAACAAUGGAUCGGGUGGGGUCUGGUUUAUUUUUCUUUUUGAGUCAAAUGGUUUGGUUUAACUAAAACUGGGUUUUUGUUAGGUUCUUAACUGGUUUAUGUCGUUUGGUAAAUAAUAAACCAAUCAAAAUCAUGGUUUAUGUAUAAUUAAGUUCAAAAUCAAUGAAUCGGGGAGAAAUAAGAUGGUAACUUUUAA